ACAAACCAGCGUCUAGGGCGAAUUCCGCUGGUGAUCGGAAUGCCAGUGAUAGUAGCCCAUAACUUUGAUGUUGAAGGAGGCAUCGUCAAUGGAUGCCAAGGCAUCCUUAGAUCUAUUCGAUACACAGUGGACGACAAUGGCAAUCGACAUGCGCGGUCGUGCAUUAUCCAUUCAUCUGAUACCACAUGCAAUGAUCUUCCACAUCUACAAUCUGGUGAGAUUGUUGCGCUCGAGAGCAGUGUGGAGCUU